CAGAGCUGCAUGUCGGGGGACCAACUAAGCGGCAGUGGUAACCCUAUGUUUUAACCAUGAAAAUGGACCAUGAAGUCUCACCCGACCAAACAGCAGAGAAGCAGACUGCAAAAGUCCCUAAGCGGGAGCUUGCUUCAAACUCUCAGACUUCGUCCUUGUGACUGAUUGCCUUUACUUUUAAUGUCGAAUUUGGGUGACAAUGUUCUCCUUGGCUUUAAUCAGAGGAGGCAUCAUUCGCAGAAGGGAUUCUCUACUGUGUUUAUCUUGUCUACUAGAAAAUAUCCCAACUCUCUCAUCAUUGCCUUCAGUGACUUCAUUUACCCAGUCCCCUGCUUACAGUACAUGGGUGCGCCACAGAAGCUAUGACACAGUGAGGCCUCUUCGAGAAGCGCCAUGCAUAUCCGCUCAAUUGGAUUUUUCAUUAGUGCAGAGAUUAAAUAUGUUUGGUUUUCAUGUUCUUAGAAAUUCGGUACCUGCUAGAUACAUGAGUCAUUCAUCAAUUGAGCUGAAGACAGACAAUGAUGUUGUCAGGUUUUCUAUUGGUGUCGGAGGUAAUAAUGAUGGUCCCCGAAACAAAGGAAAGAAGAAGACCAAACGAGUCAAAAUGUCUAAAAAGGCCAAAGUGAAUGAACUCAGAUUCUAUCGCCUGAAGGCCAAAAAGAAGAUGACUUCUCCAAAUCCAGAAGUUAGGAUUAGAUAUAAACUUGAAAAGGCCAAACGGAAGGAAGCAUGGUUGAUUGAGAAAUUGAGGAAAUUUGAGGUUCCCAAAGCACCUGCGGAAACAUAUGAUCCCGAAAUCCUAACUGAGGAAGAAAAGCACUACCUUAAGCGUACUGGUGAGAAAAAGAAGAACUAUGUCCCAGUUGGGAGACGAGGUGUAUUUGGAGGGGUUGUUCUCAAUAUGCAUCUCCAUUGGAAGAAGCAUGAGACUGUAAAGGUAAUUUGCAAGCCAUGCAAACCUGGGCAGGUUCAUGAAUAUGCUGAAGAGCUUGCUAGACUGAGCAAAGGCAUUGUGAUCGACAUAAAAGCUGACAAUACUAUAAUUUUCUACCGGGGAAAGAAUUAUGUGCAGCCAAAAGUAAUGUCACCUCUAGAUACACUGUCUAAAGACAAGGCCUUGGAAAAGUACAAGUAUGAGCAGUCACUUGAGCAUACUAGUCAGUUCAUUGAGAAGUUGGAAAAGGAGUUGGAAGAGUAUCUUAAGCACCUUGCUCUGUACAAAAAGGCAAAAGAGGGCACACCUAAAGAUUCUGUAAUUUAACUCUUCUUUUGGAAAGGGGGUGAAACUCAAAAUGUCUUUACCGAUGCUUCAGCCAUACGAGGACCAUUGAAGAACAAGAAAGCAUGAAAGAGAAAACGGCCAGAAAUGUUGAAUUCUUCAUAUGGUCCCAUAUCCUUGAAGAUUUCAUGGAAAAUAUUGUUAGUUGUACCCUUCUUCACCUGCAUAUAUAUAUAUAUAUAUUUUCACGCAAUUGUUAUCA